UUUCACAAAAUUCUAUAGUAUUUUUUUUCUUUAUUUUUCUUAGCCACCUUCAAAACACUCAUCAUCACCUUGUCCCCUUCUUGAUAUUUGAUACCAAAAUCCCUUAUACUUUCUCACUUUGCCUUUUUCAUAGCAAAAUAGGAUCAAAAUACUCCUCCCUAUUUCCUUGUGUUUGUUGUGAGCUAAUUCAUCUAGCCACUAAACAUUCCAUUUGAAUUAUAUUAUUAACGUUGCAGUGAAUUCAGUUCUUAUCGUUUCCUUUUCUUUUGUUUUGUUCUAAUUCUUAUGAACAAAACCACUUCCAACACUAAGACUCAUUUUGCUUCUAGUGAUUAAAGUCCCUCCAAUAUAUAGACGUGCAAUUUAAAAAUAUCAAUACUAGAAUUUUCUAAUUGUGAAUUCAGUUCUGAUCGUACAUUUGUUUGAAAGAUUGUUUAAAAAAAAUAGAAAAAAGGGAAAAGUACCACCCCACCUAACCCAUAUAACAUCAUAUUUCCUUUCCUUCUUUCUUUUUGCCCUUUUCUUAGUACCUUGGCCUUUGAUCAUACCUAAAAUACACAUGCUCAUAAAAAUCUCUUUAAUCACUAAACCAAAAUCCCUCAUUCUCUCCUUUUCUUAAGAGUUGAGUACUCACCCUUCACCCCCCUUCCACACUCACCCCCUAUACUCCAACCCACCUUUUUUUUUUGAUUUGGAGUAGUAGUAAAACACAAGUUACUACUACUACUCCCAUUUUCUUGGUUCUUCAAUUAUAGAAUCAAAAUAUUUUCCUUUUUUUAUCACUGCCUACAAAGCCUACACAUAAUUCCAAUUUCAUCUCAUCUUUUUUUAGUUAGUUUGUUAGUUUUCUUCAUACAAUGAGACAAGCACAACAACAACAACACCAACCAUUUGCUGCUCUUCCGCGAACAAGCAGCUGCAAAAGCUCGAAAAAAAUCAUACCUGCAAAUAACAGCACUUAUUCGCGGUCUUACUCCCAUGAUUAUUCAACUGACAAAUCUCUCGUUCUUCCUAAGAACGCAACCGCAUCAUCCUCUUCUUCCAACAAUUUCAAUCGAUUAACCAAAACUCGAAUCGGAGUUUCAUCUCUUCUCCGAUCACUCAUCAGUAUCAUCUCAUUCCCUUCCGUACUCCCUACUUGCCGAUGGAUAAAUAUUCCGAAUCAGUUCUCAAUUACCCCUUCCCUCGGCCGGAAAGUCACCGGAACUUUAUUCGGUCACCGGAGAGGCCACGUCAGCUUCGCCGUACAAGACGAUCCGAAAUCCGACCCGGUUUUACUGAUCGAGCUCGCAGUUUCAACUUCUUCGUUAGUAAAAGAGAUGUCGUCGGGAUUGGUGAGAAUUGCGUUAGAAUGUGAGAAAACAGCGGCGCCGGGAGGUAGCCGGAGGAGAUUAGGGCUAUUUGAAGAGCCGAUGUGGACGAUGUAUUGUAACGGGAGGAAAUGUGGGUAUGCAACAUCGAGAUUAUGUACGGAUUCCGAUUGGCAUGUGUUGAGUACAGUGCAGAGUGUUUCCGUCGGUGCCGGAGUAAUUCCGGUGGUGGACGACGGCCGGAAAAUUAGUGCGGCGGAAGGUGAGUUGUUGUAUAUGAGAGCGAAAUUUGAAAGAGUUGUAGGGAGUCGUGACUCCGAAGCUUUUUAUAUGAUGAAUCCGGAUGGUAAUGGAGGACCUGAACUCAGUAUUUUUCUUCUUAGGAUAUGAAAAUUUGAAAAAUGAAAAAUAGAAAAAAAAAUUGAUAUGGAAAUUAAACAAGAGAAAAAGAUAAAAUGAUAAUAUUUAUAAUGUUUUUUUUUUUUGAGUAUUUUGAAUUUAUAGUGUGUUUGAUUAGGUAUAUGUAAUGUUUUUGUUUAGUGAUUUUUGUACUUUUUUGUUGUAAGUUUUUCCUAUAUGUAUAUUUGCAUGAUCAUAUGCAUGCUUUCUUCUUCAUUGCUUUUUUAUUCUCAUA